AUGGCGAGCCUUCAAACAUAUCUACAAGAGCUUGAAAGAGAGUUUACGGUGGAUACUGCAAAGCUCAAGCAUAUCACCAAACACUUUAUUGAUGAGCUAGAUAAAGCUAAUCAGCAACAGCCAAUGAACCCAACAUGGGUAAUGCAACAACCAACCGGCAACGAAACAGGAAAAUACCUCGUCCUAGACCUCGGUGGCACAAACCUGAGGGUAUUCUCCGUCGAACUGCCCGAAGAAAAGUCAGGCUUCAAAGUCAACCAAGUCACACACAAACUUCCUAAGGAACUGAGGACAGGACCAGCCGAAAGGCUUUGGGAUUUUGUGGCUGGACAUCUUGAGGAAUUUCUCAAAACAGCUGAUUUUGAAGCUGGAACAAACACAGACUUGAGCUUCAUAUUUUCGUUUCCAACUACGCAGCGAACUAUUGAUGAAGGGAUUCUUCAGAGGUGGACGAAGGGGUUUGAUGUUGCUGACUGUGAAGGUCGCGACGUAGCGGCAUUGUUGAGACAAGCUAUCGCGAAAAGGGUAUGCAUUAUGCGUUCAUGGUAUGACCCCAACACUGACGUGAGACAGAAACUCCCUCUCAAGGUCCGAGUCGUGACAAACGAUACAACCGCCACGAUGAUGGCCUCAGCAUACAUCAACUCCGAAACAGCCAUUGGCUGCGUUUUCGGCACGGGUUGCAACGGCGCCUACCUCGAGAGAUGCCAGUCCAUCCCUAAGCUUGACAUGGAAGGUCUGCCUGCCGAAGCACUCAUGGCAAUCAAUUGCGAAUGGGGCGCUUUUGAUAAUGAGCAUGUUGUCUUGCCGUUGACGUCUUUUGACAUCGCUAUUGAUGAUGCGUCGCCGAGGAAGGGGCAGCAGGCGUUUGAGAAGAUGGUCGCGGGGCUGUAUCUUGGGGAGCUGUUUCGAUUGAUCAUGCUUGAUGUCAAGAAGAAGGACGAGACAUUUUGGGAGGGGCAGAGUUUGGAGAAGAUGCAGGAGCCGUAUUUUAUGGAUUCGUCGUUUUUGUCGGCGAUUGAAGAGUAUGUCAACAAUCUACCGUUCAUAAACUUUCUCACUAACCAUGGGUCUAGGGACACAUCCACAGAUUUCAAGACAUCGCAUGACCUGUCUGUCGCAAAGCUCGGAGUAUCUCCAAACUUAAAAGAGCUCGAGUUCAUGAGAAGCGUCGCGACACUGAUAACAACCCGCGCAGCUCGUCUUUCAUCAACAGGCGUCGCAGCGAUUUGCUUGAAGAGGAAUCUUAAGACAUGUCAUGUUGGCGUUGAAGGAUCUCUGUUUGAGAAGCAUCCUCAUUUCAAGCGAGAGCUGUCCAAAGCUUUGGGUGAGAUCCUUGGCUGGGAGAAGUUGUCAACAACUGACAAGAAUGAUGUGGAGUUUAUCCUGUCACCUGGAAGUGGCGUUGGUGCAGCGGUUAUUGCAUCAACACUUACUAGAAGUAAACAUCAAAUCUGA